AUGGCCGACCAAAGACCCGACCCCUUCGCCCCGCGCACCAUGAAGCGGAAGAACGUCAAGGGCCUCGCCCUUAAGACCGCACCAAAAGCUCCGGCCGGCGGCCUCGGGAUGCGGCGUGAAGAGCCCACUCAGCUCGAGAUUGGCAUCGAGUUCAACCUGGACCUCAAGGCCGAGGACCUUGAGGUCAUCAAAGACCUGGGCGCCGGCAAUGGCGGCACCGUCAGCAAAGUUCGGCACAUCCCGACCAACACGGUCAUGGCUCGCAAGAUCAUCCAUGUUGAGGCGAAAAAGGAGAUGCGAAAGCGGAUAGUCCGCGAGCUGCAGAUUAUGCAUGGCUGCCACUCUGAAUACAUUGUUACCUUCUACGGCGCCUUCCUGAACGAAAACAAUGACGUCGUCAUUUCCCUCGACCGCAUCUCUAAGAAGUUUGGGCCGAUUCGGGUCGACGUGCUGGGUAAGAUCGCUGAGGCGACUCUCGGCGGCUUGACCUACCUGUACGCGAAGCAUCACAUUAUGCACCGCGACAUCAAGCCGUCCAACAUCCUGGUCAACUCGCGCGGCCAGAUCAAGCUCUGCGACUUUGGUGUGUCGGGCGAGCUGAUUAACUCCAUUGCCGACACCUUCGUCGGUACCUCCACUUACAUGGCCCCUGAGCGGAUUCAGGGCGAAAAGUACACAGUCAAGUCGGAUGUGUGGAGUUUUGGCCUGACGAUCAUGGAGCUGGCCAUCGGCAAGUUCCCCUUCUCGGCCAGCGAGGAGUUUGCUGAGGAGGACAGCGGGCCGGCCGGUAUUCUGGAUCUUCUGCAGCAGAUCGUGCACGAGCCGGCGCCGAGACUACCCAAGAGUGAUGCUUUCCCUCAGAUUCUGGAGGAUAUGAUUCAGAAGUGCUUGUCCAAGGUCCCGGACGAGCGGCCAACACCGCAGGAGCUCUAUGACCGCGACCCCUUUAUCCAGGCCGCCAAGCGGACACCUGUCAACCUGCAGGAGUGGGCUUGUGGCCUUAUUGAACGCGACAACCGCAAGUCGCAUUUGCAGCCGCAACCGUCGCCAUCGACCCAGGAGCUGCUGCGCUCGAGCGACUCACCCACCUACCAUGGCGAUGCGUCAGGAAGCACACCUACAUACCGUGACCACCGUGACCAUCGUGAUUACCGCGACCAUCGCGAGCACAGGGAACACCGAGAGCACCGCGACCCCAGAGACUACCGGGAGCAGCACAGGGACUACAGGGACUACCGCGACCAUCGCGGUUACGAAGAUCACUACGGAGGUGAUCACAGAGACUACAGGGACUACCACGACGCUCGCGGAGACUACCAUGAUUCCCGGGGCUAUCAUGACGAGCGUGACCCGAGGGAAUAUGUCGACCCGCGCGACCACCGGUAUGCGGUUGACCAGGCAGGGUUGCCGGCGCAGAUGGAUCGGCUUUAUAUUCGGGACUGGGACCACGAGUAG